AUGACCGUUCUCUUUCAGUUGCCCAUUGACAUUCACGUGUACAUAUUCAAUUUUCUUUCUCCGUCAGACAUCCUCACUAUGAGGAAGACAUGUAAAACCAUUUGCACAGCAACAUUCCUUCGGGUCGUAUGGAUCGCAGCAUUAAAAGGAAUGUGUAUCGAGAACACCGUAUACGAUCCUUCUUUUCCGAUAGAGGAAAUGAGUAUCAGAGAUAUGGAACGCGCUGCUAUGGGCCCCCAAAAAUGGGAGAAGAUCGUCAAUAAAUACACUGAUCAGCCAACCCCUCCGAUUCAUAUCACCACUUUGUCUGAAGAACUCAUUGAAUACGAUGCUGGUAGACCUCAUGAACUGUUUCUCAUACCAGGAGGUCGGUUUCUAGUAACUCUUCUAGUGGGAUAUCUAUCUUUAUGGGAUCUGAGCUUGUCCUGUAUGGCCACUCCGAAACUCAUGGGUCGGCGAUGGAUGGACACAGCUGUGUGCACAAUUCAUCCAUCCUCUGACGGUUUAUCCAUCAGGAUCCUUACUAUCCCUUCUCGUACAGACUUCGAUACAAACAAGUAA